UGUUUGUAUGUACGUGUGUGUGUGUGUGUGUGGAUCGAGUGGUGGUUGGUGAGGGGAGAGAUGGAUCCUGACCGUAGUGACACUAGCUUGCCAUUCUCUGUAUGAAGUAGGCAGAGCUGUCGGCGUAUGACACUGUACUCUGAUGUGUACUGUUGGACUAUUUCGAUGCCGCAAAGGCGACACGCGUGAAACAUUAUAGAUUGUAUUUGAAACUUUUGACGCUGUAUAUAGGGACAAACACCGUACCGUAUUUUUAUUCGAUUUGAAAGGAAACGUGAUUAUAAAAGUUACAACUGGCAUCCGACGAAUCAGCUACCGAGAUAAAAAAAACAGGUGCAGUUAAUCAGCCUCAUGGAUCAACGGCAUAAACAGGAUUAAUAUGGGCUGUAACCAACAUUAUGCAUGAAGACCAACAGUAGUGUAUAACCUUCAAGACGAUAACACCACACACGACAAGAUGACUUCCGCCGUUGUUGACUUAACUGCUGCUGCAACGGGAAAUGGAAUCAAAGACACGGUGUACAGCUACUGUGAAGAUUCAUCCAAUUCCAGUGACGAACCAGAACACCACCAUUACGAGGACAAAGCGCUGGACAACGUCACCGAAACUCCAAGCUGUAAGCGUCCAUUUCAGGACAGUCCGACAGAACCCGACCAAUCACAGGCCAAGAAAAGACGGAAACAAUCGAAACCAGUUCGUCUCUUUUCGCUCACAGAACCACCCAGUGAAGACGAAGUUGAAGCCAGCAGUGAAGGUAAGAUUCACAGUGAAGUGACAUCAAAUUCAACCCAUAAGGAUACGAAACUACAACUGAAUCACACGUCCGAAAAUGACUCGGAUCUGGUUGAGAUACACAAUCAUAAUUCUUCACAAUGCCUUUACUGUCCAGAGAUUUUACACUCCAGUGAACAUCUCAAGUUUCACACUGAGGACGGAUAUUUUCAAAGUAAGUUACAACACACGGUAGGCUUCGAUAAUUUACUAAGCGGGAAGGCAGAAAUACCACUAAACCUUUCCCAUUUACCAACCACAAAUUCGACUUCACCUACAGAUUUCGUAAUGGGUUCUCUAAUGUCUGAGUUCCGAAAUAAAUCUAAUGAUAUAAUGUAUGGGACCAAACCACCAGUAGCAUUACCACAGACUUCAGAUUCUGGAAAUUUUGGAACCUUUGUUGAUAAUAAAAUAUCUGUACCUGGUUACAUGCCAUUGGCGCCACAUCUGAUUUUACCAAUCAUCUCACAAAAUUCAGGGCUUAACUCAACUUCCUCAGUCACCAAACCCCAAGGCCAAACUCCCAAUACAAUUCAAAUACGCAUAUUUAAUCCAGAUGCGUUUUGCGAACUUUGUAAUAAAGAAUUUUGCAACAAAUAUUUUCUGAAGACCCACAAAGCAAAUAAACAUGGCAUAUACGUCGAUGGUCCUAUAACGACAAUUGGUAGUGCCGUAAUUCCUGCAACCCAAUACCAAACUCCAUUGAUUCAGAGUAAUUUAAAUAUUUCACGAAUUACACCACCCACGCCAGUGACACCAAACCUCAAAACCCUUACAGCUACUCCAAAAAUAUCCGAAUCUGUGAUCAUGAACCAGAUAUCUGGAAACGGACAGACGAAAGCAUUUUGUGAUAUUUGUCAAAAGAAAUUCUGCAACAAAUAUUUUCUUAGACGCCACAAAGCAAAAAUUCAUGGGAUUGAUGACGAAACACUAACACCGUCAGGAAAUGCAACGUUCUUGAAUCUACCAGACAGCAUUAGAAAGUUAGAUAUAGAGGAACGGGGUAGUGCAUCUGCCGGUUCAGAUACCGGGUCCAUCGUCGUAGAGGCAGUUUCCAACGACAUUUCUGAGGUACAAGAACUUCGUGUGGACUUGGAAAUAAAACGCAGUCCAGCAAACUCCAUCACAGACGAAUCUGCAGAAACAUCAAAGGUAAAAGAAGAAUCUGAACAAGAAUCAGAGGAUGGGCGUUCCGUUGGAGAAUGUAUCGAAAAUACCUCAAUAAAAUCCAUCAAGAAUUCUCCGAUUCCAUCUCAACAAAAUUCCAAAGAUAUCGCGUUAUCACCUUCAGACAAGUUACGAAAGUUAGGUGUCAUUAAUGCCGAUGCGUUCUGUGAGAUAUGUUGCAAGGAAUAUUGUAAUAAAUAUUUCUUAAGGACGCAUAAGAUGAAAAGACACGGAAUAUAUAUUUCAGACGGUGACGGCAAGGCCGUGGGUACCAGCAGUACUCCAUGGAGUCACAAUCAGACGAGUCCAUUGAAUUUAAUUGUAGGUGAGCAAAGUACCAAUAGUUCAGAUUCAGGUGAGAAAAUACGAAAUGAUUUCUCUGACAGCGAUGAUCCAGAAUGUGAUAUCUGUGGACGGCGGUUUCAAAGUUUCUAUCUGAUGCAGGUACAUCGAGCAUAUUUGCACGUUUCCGAACUCGAGAGGAGAGGCAUACAAACAGAUUUAACCGAGCUCGAUGAAAAAGUUCAGGAUGACGUAAAAGCUAAUUGCAGUGACGAAAACUUGUCUAAAAAGACAGUUGAAUCUACGUGUGAAACUGUAUCUUUCAAUAAUAAUAAUGUCGGUAACAGUAACGAUGGAAAAGACACCAUUAGUGAAGAUCUUCAAAAACUUCAAACCAUGAUAUUACAAUUGAAUAAUCUCAAUGUAAGUAAAAUGACCACUUGUAAAAUUUGCAGCAAAGUAUCUGAAAAUCAUUAUUGCCUUACAGCACAUAUGAUGACGGAACACGGAAUUUUAAUGGAGACUCAAAAUAUCGAUGAAAAACAAAAAAAUCCAUCAUUGGAACAAACUGACAUACCUCCUCUAAUAGACACACAGACGUAUUGCUUUUCGUGUAAGAAAGACUUCUUUACCCAUUAUCAACUUAAACAACACGUCGAAGAAUUUCAUAACAACUGUCCUGUUUCUACGGGAGCAACUACAUCGAAUACGAUGAUUAACAGCUUGAUUAAGGAGGAGUUAGACAGUAAGUCCCCACAAGAGACUCAUAUUCCACCUGUAAAUAUUGUGGGAUCAGACAAACAAAUUUCUAUGACACCAACGAGCAGUUAUUGUAAAAUCUGUAACAAGGGACUGUGCAAUAAAUACUUCAUGAAGACUCACAUGCAAAGAAUGCAUGGCAUUGAGAUAGAAAACGGGGCACAAAUCGGUGGCGUAAUAUGUGACAUCUGCAACAAGGAACUAUGUAGCAAGUAUUUUCUCCGGGUUCACAAACAAAAACUCCAUGGGAUUGUUGAAGACAUGUCCAUGAACCACACCUCAAGGGACAAUACCAAUGGACCCAACGUGCAAUAUCAAUUAGAACCUGAUCAGGCUUUGAAACCAUCCGAAUUGACUGAUCUGAAUCACCGAUAUUUCAGUCACUUCACUGAAGUUUGUUCAAUAUGCGAUCGCCGCUUUCGAAGUACAAAGUGGCUUAAGGCACAUCUCUUAAGCGAUCACGGUGAGAAUGGAAUACAGAAAUGGAAAGAUUUGGAAAAUCAAUAUCAAUUAAUUUCCCAACAAGAAAAACAUCAGUUACAGACAAUAAGUAGCUCUGGGAUAAUAAAUCAUUCAUCUGUCCCUCCAGGGCCCACUUACAGUCCCACUUUGAAGAUACCAAACAGUUGGAGUACUCAAGAUCAUCAUCGAUCAUCACGACCGUCCGCCAUGAUGCCUAUGGAAGGAACAGUCGAAACAGGUGGACAUCACGUUUUAGCAAGUCUUUUUGGUACCGGAGAUUCGUCAUUAAAAAGCUAUAAUUGUUCCUACUGUCCAUUUACGACACCCGUUCUAGCUUUUCUGUUUAUCCAUGAGAGAUCCCAUACAGGACUACCAACACAACAGCUGCCUGACCCAGCAAAACCUUUUCAGUGUCCCGUGUGUCUUCAGAGAUUCCUCCAGGCCGACGUAUUCCAACAUCACGUCUUGACUCAUCAGUUCUCAGGCGUGUUAAAUCCUUUCCCUGGCCCAUCUCCACUAGCCUCUUAUCAACCCCAAAUUGGGAACUUACGAGAACAAAUUAAAUUUGUUCAACAACAGUCUCCAAAGAAUGACGAAAACGUAGAACGUACAAAGACAGAAGACAAGUCCGAAUGUGAAGUUAUCGAAGAAGAUACUAGCAAUACUGGUGGGGGGAGAUACAAGUUUAGGUGUUCGAAGUGUUUUCAACGUUUCAGAUCUCGAGAAAAUUGCUUGGCGCAUAUACAAAACAGGCACAUUUCGAAUUCAACCGACAACCUCGAAACAGUACCUUCCAGUUCCGUUGAGACAACUGCUAUCAAGGUAACUCCAAAUGGUUUAUAUAAAUGCACUUGUUGCGGAUUCUCAUCACUACAUAUGGUAAUUGUGAAGAAGCAUAUCAGAAAAGAUCACACGUCUGAAAUCAAUCAGUUCGAAACACGGCAAGAACCAGAAACAGAGGAGUUAUUAGAAUUAAAAGACUUUGCCACGGAUGAAGUAAAGAAAAAGUUACAAGAGGCAGUUAGAACGUCUCAGGUCCCAGCUUCUUACGCCGUACCUCAAAAUCAAACGCCUUUUUUGGAUCAAUUCAUCAUGCAACCGUUUCUUCUGGAAGAACCCAAUGGAUCGCGAAGUUCUGAACAACUCCAACUGGACCGGAAGUUUGUUCCUUCACUCGUAUUUCUCCCUGUCAAAGAGAAAUUAUCCGAGCCCUUAACAGUCUCCUUUACACUAACGCCAGCUUAGCAUUCGAGGAAAUCACAAAAUAUAAAUUGUACUUUGCGUUAAAGCCUAUCAAAAUGGCGGAGAAAGCUACACCUGUGAUUUAGUUUCCAAAGUGUCUGUAUGUGUAUUAUUGUGUUUUUUUUCCCCUUUGUUUGAUGAAUUGGUAUAUUUCACAGAAUACCAUACAUCAUCAAAAAGAACAUUUUUAAAAGACUGAGUCAAGUCCGUUUUAGGUUCCCAGUUUAUCGAAGGACACACUAUUGUUGCAAAAUAAAAUAUGAGGUGAUGUUUUCAAAGUUCCUAUUGAUCUCUCAUAGACUGGGAACCCCACUGUAUCAUCGCCUAGCUUGCUCAAAAAAAAAAAAAAAUCUGAAAAUUUCCUGACUUGGAUGACAAAAAACAGCAGUGUUCGUGGAUUCCUAUCUUAUUUCAUGUCAUAUAUAUAUUUAUCCUAAAAUGACUUCCAAGCUGUCCUUAAAACAAACUCAGGGUUUCAGAGACAGAAGUACAAUCAAUGUUCGACAGACAUCUUCGCGAACAAUUACCCUGUGAGACGGCUGUACCGACAGACUUGAUUUCAAAGUGACCGACAGAAUGACAAACAUUGUUUUCGUCAGUUCCAAUCUAUCGGAACUGGCAUCCCUAAACUAGAGGAGAAAUAUUUUACAGUCAGUAGCGUUACAUUCUCCUACCCUCGUUUUAAACAUGUUAUAUUAUAUAUUCUAAUAUCAUACCUCAUUGUCAAUCAAAAUAUUGAGUCGAAGCGGACAGGGGGUACUGGUUGUUAUGGCCAAUGUUGUUUUUGGGGCCUUCCCCUGCUCCUAAACUUCGGCUCAGAAUACAUUCAGGGAAGAAUUUAAUAUUUAGAGACUUGUAUAAACAGAAACGAUUAAUGUGUAUUAUUUAUAUUAGAUAAGUUUACUAAAUUCCUAUUCCAAUGGAUCUAUUUAUUAUUAUAUGGAUAAUGAAAAAGUCUUGGUGAGUGUGUUAGAUUAGUAUGAUAUUUGUGUAGAUAAAUAUCUUUGCACGUCCGCAAAUGCCAUCUGGUGCCACUUGGACCCAGCUGACUUAAGUGCAAAUCGUCGAAUUAUCGAGAGGAACAUUCCAGGCAGAAAAUAUUUCUGCUUCGUAUUUUAAGUUAGAUGUAAUGGAGUUGAAAGUACAUUGUCUUUCUAGCAUGUGCGUAAUAUUACACUGUGGUAAAACGACUAUAGAUAUAUGACAGCCACAUCCGAGCCAAUUAGUAAAAUCUAAAAUGAAAUUAAAGUUCCUCACAAUUAAAGUACAAUAUUGCUGAUCUUAUGUGUGCCUUUGAAAUUAUCAACAU